AUGGAUAGGGGACGAGCAGGCGGGCCACCUGGUGAUAGCGGUCACCACCGCCUAGACCAUAGCGCUGUAACUCGAGAGCAAAAUAGAGCUGUUUUAUUAAAUUUUAUCGAUCAAAAGUUCCAAGCUGCCAUAUUUCCGCUUAACCUUUUCCAAAACAUAUUCUUCCAAUCCAAAUAUACAAUCAGAAACAAUUUUGUGCAUCCCAAAAGCUAUAUAUAUAAUACCUUGUCGUUUAUAUUCACAGUUCUACUUAUAUAUUUAAUGUGCUACGUUCAUUGGAAGUAUUUUAGUUUUUCUUAUAGCUUUUAUAUAUUUAUAUUAAUCUUUUAUGACGUCAGUAUCAUUUGUGCAUUUCGUUAUAUGAAAUUAAUUCGAAUCUGUUUUGAAUUAUGGGUUUAUAAAAUUUCACAAAAUUCAGGCCCUCGAUAUCGUUUCGUUCGAAAGACAAGAAGAUCUCAAGAUGGUAAUUACAAAAAGAUCUUCGAUAGUUAUAUUGAUUUUAUAGAAUCAUUUGAAUUAUUUAAAAUAAUUUUUCAGGUGCCAGUAAGUAUCAUGAGUUUGUUGAUCAAUUAA